AUGUCUGGACGGACUAUUGCUGGUUUGUCUUUCAUGAGCAGUGAUUUGGAAAUUCCGGCCAGCUGGCCCCCCGCUCUGGAUGUUGCCCGGUUUGAAGAUUUAAGCAUCACCGAAAAAACCCCAAGUUAUUUACUUGGUGACUCUUCAGCAGAUAGAAGUUAUGUUGAGAAAUCAAAUGUUAGUGAGAGUUUGUUACUGAUGAAAUUCUACUCCUUAUCAUCUGGAGUGGCAAACUUCUUGCUAUCUGACAGUGAAGGUAGAGAACUGGAUCUCCCCUUUCAACUUACAGAUCAAGAAAUGGAGAUCGUCCGUUAUAAUAGAAGUACAUUUAUACUGGGACGCUCAGGCACCGGGAAGACAACAGUUCUUACAAUGAAAUUAUGUCAGAAAGAACAGCAGCAACGUAUUGCAGAGGAAGGAUUCUAUGGUGUUGAGAAUGCACUCUCGCAUGUUUUUCCGAAUAAUAACAAGGUUGAGCAGAGUCCUACUGGUGCUAAUAUGUGUGUCUUGCGCCAGCUUUUGGUGACAUUUUCUUCUGGGGGAAACCAUUCAGGUGAAUGCAGUUCGACUGAUAGCAUUGAUUUGAGGAUGAAGAAGCCCAGUUCAACAAUAUCCCAGAUUCUUUUCUUGAUAUUCCGCCCAACUUUCUUGAUGAUGCUUGAUGGAACCCUAGGUAACUCAUUCUUUGAAAGAUUCCUUGACACCUCAGAACCUCGGCCAAGUUCAAGAUCAGUUGCGCUGCAGACGGUUCUAAGACAAAAGGAGGUCAAUCUUGCGAGGUUCAGCACUUCUUAUUGGCCUCAUUUUAAUAUACAGCUAACAAAGAAGCUUGAUCCUUCUAAAGUAUUUACAGAGAUUAUCUCUCAUAUCAAAGGCGGCCUGGGAGUCACAGAAGCAGGUGAUGGAAAACUCAGUCGAGGAGAUUAUGUCCAACGUUCAGAGGGCCGGGCGUCAAAUCUGAGCAAGGAGAAGAGGGAGAUGAUAUAUGAUAUAUUUCUGGUUUAUGAAAAAAAGAAAAAGAAAAAUGUUGAAUUUGAUGUCACUGAUUUUGUUAAUGAUAUUCACCGUCGACUCAGACGUGAAAAGUACAAGGGUCAUGAAAUGGAUUUUGUAUAUAUUGAUGAGGCAAUUGCAAGGGGUAUUGAUUUUAGAUUCCAAGAUAUACGACACAUGUUCUACAAGGAAUUCGUACUGGAAUCAAAAAGAGAUAAACACGAAGAAAGAGAAGACAAAGGACAAAUCUCAAAAAUGUUUCAUUUGUCUCAAAACUUCCGUAUGCAUGAUGGUAUACUGAAGUUAUCACAGAGCAUAAUUGAUCUACUUUACCAUUUCUUCCCCCAAUCUAUUGAUAAAUUGAAACCUGAAACCAGUCCAAUAUGUGGGGAAGCUCCAGUUUUGCUUGAACCUGUAAAAAAUGAGAAUAUAAUCAUGAAGAUUUUUGAAAGUAGUGAUACUUUUCAUGGAAAUAUAGUUGGCUUUGGAGCAGAGCAGGUUAUUUUGGUACGUGAUAAGCAUGCUCGGAACGAAAUUUCCAAUCAAGUUGCAAAGCGAGCUCUUGUUCUUACUAUAUUGGAGAGCAAGGGCCUUGAAUUUCAGGAUGUACUGCUUUACAACUUUUUUGGAUCAUCACCAUUGCAAAAUCAGUGGAGGGUGAUAUAUGAUUACAUGAAGGAGCAUGAUUUGCUUGACUCCACUUUACCUGAGCACUUUCCAAGUUUUGAUGAAGACAAACACAACAUCUUAUGUUCCGAACUUAAGCAACUAUAUGUUGCUGUCUCUCGUACUAAACAAAGGUUGUGGGUUUAUGAGAAUAUGGAAGAGCUAUCCAAUCCCAUGUUUAACUAUUGGAAAAGGAAACGUCUUGUGCAAUUUAGGCACUUCGAUGAUUCACUUGCAAGGGAAAUGCAAGCUCAGAGCAAUCCAGAGGAGUGGAGGUCACGUGGCAUGAAGCUCUAUCAAGAGGAUAACUAUGAAAUGGCCACAAUGUGUUUUCAAAGAGCUGGUGAUACUUAUUGGGAAAGAAGGUCGAAAGCUGCUGGCCUGAAAGUUAUGGCUGACCUUAAGCGCACUUCAAAUCCUGUAAAGGCUAAUGCUCUCCUCAAGGAAGCUGGAGAAAUUUUUGAAUCUUUAGGGAAGGCAGAUUCUGCUGCCCAAUGCUUUUUUGAUUCUGGGGAGUACAAAAGAGCAGCUAGGAUUUAUUUGGACAAAUGUGGAAAACCUGGACUUGAAAGAGCUGCAGAAUGCUAUUCUCUAGUAGGAUGCUACAAGCAUGCAGCCGAAAUAUUUGAAUCUAUAGGCAAAGCGGAUUCUGCUGCCAGAUGCUUCUAUUAUUUGGGGGAGUAUGAAAGGGCAGCUAAUAUUUAUUUGGAAAAGUGCGGCGAACGUGGACUUGAAAGAGCUGGCAAAUGCUUCUCUCUAGCAGGAUUCUAUGAGCAUGCAGCCGAUGCAUAUGCCAGGGGCAAAUUUUUCUCCGAAUGUCUAACUAUGUGUUUGAAGGGAAAACUAUUUGACAGAGGUUUGGAAUAUAUUAAAUUUUGGAAGCAACAAGCAAGAGAAGAGUAUGAUCUGGCUUUAAGAGGAAAAGGUAUGGAUCAAAUUGAACUGGAUUUUCUUGAGAGCUGUGCAUUUCAUUAUCAUGAGGUUGAAGAUAACAGAUCCAAGAUGAAACUUGUUAAAGGUGAAAUGUUAUCUGGGCGAAAGAUUUUGAAUACUCAUCUUUCUUCAAUCUCGUCAAAGUAUGUGUGGGAAGAAAAUAUUAUUUGUGAUCUGAAAAAGUAUUCUGAAAUCAAGAAAUCUAAAAAGCAGGUUUCUAUUGAUUCACUGGUGUACUUUUGGAAAUUUUGGAUGGAUAAGAUUGUUUAUUUGAUAGAAUAUUUUGGAUCUCUUCAAACUCUAGACGUUAAUAAAAGAAGUGAUGGAGACUUCUUUUUAAAUUACUUGGCGGUGUUGGGGGAGUUUCAUGAUGAUUUGAAUCCAAUAUAUCUUGCACUCAUCUCUGAUGCUGAUUGGGUUAGUGGUGUGGAUAAACGUUAUUUUCUAAGUAAUGGUGAAUUGGUCACUGUUGAUUUUUGCCAAAUUGUUUCAUCUGCUAAGAUUUAUUGGAGUUCAGAACUACUCUCUUUUAGUACUAAGAUUUUGAACAAGCUUCAAGUGCUUUACGAAUUCAUGACCGAAAAAUCUGAUUCAAUUUUCAGCCAAAGCUGGGUGUCUUACGCAGAUUUAUGUGGUUGCAAACUGUCUUUUGGAGUCCAAAUGCCUGAAGCUAGCGUAUAA